AAAGAUAUCGAUCCGAGUAACCUCACUUUCCACCAACCGCAGCUCGUCUUCCUCAUCGCGCUGCUGUAUUUAAACCUCUGGAAUUUAGUGGAAGGUGUCAUUCAAAUUCUCCACGCCUCUCUCUCUCUCCCCCCCCCUCUCUCUCUCUUUGUUUGCUAUAAGCAUGGCGUCGGCCCAGAACACUGCUCUCGCUGCUGAGGUUACGGCGGCAAAGCCGAAAGCUUCGAAGGCAAAGAAAGCAUCAACUGGUACUAAGAAGCCUAAGGUUUCUCCAUCUCAUCCUCCAUACGUUGAGAUGAUCAAGGAGGCGAUCCUUUCGCUGAAAGAAAGGACUGGUUCGAGCCAGUACGCGAUCGCGAAGUUCAUCGAAGGGAAGCAGAAGUCUCACCUUCCUACGAACUUCAAGAAACUCCUGCUCGUUCAAUUGAGGAAGCUCGUCGCUGGCGGUAAGCUUGUGAAGGUGAAGAACUCGUUUAAGGUCCCUGCGGUGGCCAAAUCUGCUUCUGCUGGCGCCAAAAAGGCUGUGCCUGCGAAGAAGAAAGUCGCUGCGAAGCCGGCAGGAGCUGCGGCGAAGGCCAAAGCAAAAGCGAAGACGAAGACCGUGUCCAAGCCGAAGGCGGCAGCGAAGCCAAAGGCGAAGGGGAGGCCUGCGAAGGCGCCGACGGUGAAAAAGUCGCCGGUUGUUUCGAAGGUGAAGAAGGCUCCUGCGAAGACUGCGAAGAAGCCAAAGAGCAUCAAGACGCCGGUGAAGAAGGCUUCAGCGAAGAGGACUAAGAGGAUGUGAGAUACAGAUUUGUAAAUUCGUUCGUCAGCGAACUGUAGGGGCAUAUCUGUACAUUCGUGGAUGAAUGGGGGGCAAUAUAGGAAUUAGGCUGAUUUUACAUUUUUUUAUUUUUGUUUUAGCUUUUAUGGUGUGCUUAGAAAUAGAAUGUUAUGAAAUUCAAUUAUUAGUUGAAUCCCUAA